GGGGAGGUAAACAAGAUGGCGGCAGCCGUAUAGCAGCUGCAUUAGUAGGAGCAGAUAUCAAGCUAAGAAUUAUGCAUACAGUGACAACUUCAUGUGGAGAAACAAACCCGGGAAGAGAACUCAAGCAAGUCUGCAGCAUUUGAAUAUCUAAAAACAAAGGUAUUACAGGAAGUUUUUUUUUUUUAUGGGAUGGAUCGGCGGAUUCGGGUUUAUUAUAAAGAGGAAUAAAAUGCCCCGGCUCUGAAGUACCAAAGAGGAAGUUCUUUUUUUUUUGUGUUGCACUUCUGGAGUCACGGUAUGUCGGUCUUGUAAGUGUAUCGCCUUGGAGUCACUGAUGCACCUCUGAUGUAGCAAAUACUGACUGCUUGCCAAGAAUCUCGGUAAACCUUGGCUUUCUGACUAGUUUUGCACAGAUUUGUGCAGGAGCAGUGGCGUAAUCCUCAACAGGCUAUCCCUUUACCUCCAAUGGAGUUGAUGCAGCGAAGACUGGAACUUUAUGUAAAUUCACUCGAAUGCCAGAUCCUGAGUUUAUGCCACCUCUCAGUAUAGGUCGAAGUCGGCACCCAACAGACAACUUUCAGUAAACGAGAAAGGACUUUGCUCUUUCCUGUUUCUUUCUCCAUCCCUUUGCACUGGGCGUCUAGGGAGGAGUCUGGCGCUUGUCCUUGAUUUCUGCGAGAGGAGCAGGUGAUGUGUUCCACGUCCAAACUCAGGCUCAGCAGAUCCCCUCCCCGAUGCCGCUAGUGUUUUUAAAUUGAACUGUAUUCCUGUUGCAUCAGGAUAUACACACACGCACACACACACACACACACACACACACCCUGUAGCAGGCCUAUCCUAAGGGGCUUUCCCUUCAGAAGCAGUAGCGUAGCGUUUGCGUGUCAAUCGGACCCGGUGGUGGCCAACGAUGAGUGCGGGCGACCUGCAGCACAUGGACUACGAGAGCGAGCUGAUGGGCAUGGACACGUUCAUCCACCGCAUCGACUCCACGGAGGUGAUCUACCAGCCGCGGCGCAAGCGCGCCAAGCUCAUUGGCAAGUACCUGAUGGGCGACCUGCUGGGCGAGGGCUCCUACGGGAAGGUGAAGGAGAUGCUGGACUCGGACACGCUGUGCCGACGCGCCGUCAAGAUCCUCAAGAAGAAGAAGCUGCGCCGCAUCCCCAAUGGAGAGGCCAACGUCAAGAAGGAGAUCCAGCUUCUCCGUAGACUUCAGCACAAAAAUGUGAUCCAGUUGGUGGAUGUGUUAUACAACGAAGAGAAGCAGAAAAUGUAUAUGGUGAUGGAGUAUUGUGUUUGCGGAAUGCAGGAGAUGUUGGACAGUGUUCCGGAGAAGAGGUUUCCAGUGUUUCAAGCUCACGGGUACUUUUGCCAGCUUUUGAAUGGCCUUGAAUAUUUGCACAGCCAGGGAAUCGUUCACAAAGACAUUAAACCAGGAAAUCUGCUGCUGACUACAGAUGGUGCACUAAAGAUCUCCGAUCUGGGGGUGGCUGAGGCCCUGCACCCGUUUGCGGAGGAUGACACGUGUAGGACGAGUCAGGGCUCGCCUGCGUUCCAGCCGCCGGAGAUCGCCAACGGCCUGGACACUUUCUCCGGCUUCAAGGUGGACAUCUGGUCCGCCGGCGUCACGCUAUACAAUAUAACGACGAGCCUGUACCCGUUUGAGGGGGACAACAUUUAUAAGCUAUUUGAGAACAUCGGCAAGGGGGACUACAGCGUCCCAGAGGAGUGUGGGCCUCUGCUGUCUGACCUGCUGAAAGGAAUGCUGGAGUACGACCCUGUCAAGAGAUUCUCAAUACAGCACAUACGGCAACACAAUUGGGUGCGUAAGAAACACCCCCCCUCUGAGCCCCCGGUGCCCAUCCCCCCCAGUGCAGGAGGCGUCGACUCCUGGAGGAGCAUGAGCGUGGUGCCUUACCUGGAGGAUCUCCACGGUUACGCCGAUGAGGAGGAUGACGAGCUCUUCGACGGGGAAGAAGAUGACAUCAUCUACACUCAGGACUUCACAGUACCAGGGCAGGUUGCAGAGGACGUGGAUGAGGACCAGACGGAGGGUCGAGGCAGAGGAUUGGCCAAGGCUGUGUGUGUGAACGGCAAUGAGGGCGGGGCCUUGAAGCCGAAGGCGGAGCGACGCUCUAGCUCCUCCUCCAACCCCUCCCGCAAGGGCGUGUCCACGGCCAGCAAGAUCCGCAAGCUCUCCACCUGCAAGCAGCAAUGACCCGCCCCCCGCCGCCCUGCCACACACACACACAGCCACAACACACAACUCCUAUCGGUUGCUAUCCUCUCCACACGCUCUGGACUACAACUCCCAGCAGGCAGGUUUCUAUCCUCUCCACACGCUUUGGACUACAACUCCCAGCAGUCACGUCUUGCCCCCCCCCCCUCUCUCCCCAUCACCCUGGACAAUGAACCCAAAAUGGAUGCCAGGACAUUCUUCGCUUCUCUCUCUCUUUUUUUUUUUUUUUUCAAAGAGACUGACCUGGGUAUGAAACCCUGGAGAGGGGCUGGACCUGCUGUAUACCCCCACACCC